GCAGGAAGGAAGCCUAGAGGGGAGGGCUACGGAGACGGAGUCGGGGCUGCUGACCAUCAAGCGCCGCCGAUGAAGGCUCUAUUUUGGGACUGGAAGCUCAGACUAAAAGAAUCCGUUUGUACCACCAGCAAGGAGCUCAGCCAUGUGGACCCCCAGCCGCAGGCAGCUCUGCCUGGCCUUCUUGCUGGUCUGUGUGCUCUCUGCCGGUUCUCUUUUUUUCCACCUGCGUGGAGAAAACUUCUUUCGAAAUGAGCUAACUCUCUCUCUCCUGUGUCCGGACUACCACCUGCUGAAGUCCCCAGUGGCCAUGGUAUGCCUGCCGCGCCCAUUGCAGACAGUCAACGCCUCCCCUUCCUGUCCCGGACAAGUCUCCUCACUCCCUGGGACUUGGACCAUCUCCCCAGGAGGCAGGUUUGGUAACCAGAUGGGGCAAUACGCCACAUUGCUGGCCCUGGCCCAGCUCAAUGGCCGCCGAGCUUUCAUUCAGCCUGAGAUGCAUGCCACCCUGGCCCCGGUGUUCCGCAUCUCCCUGCCCGUGCUGGACCCUGAGGUGGACAGCCUGACGCCUUGGCAGCAUUUAGUUCUACAUGACUGGAUGUCAGAGGAGUACUCUCGUCUGGAGGACCCCUUUCUCAAGCUGUCCGGUUUCCCUUGCUCUUGGACCUUCUUCCACCAUCUCCGGGAACAGAUCCGCAGGGAGUUCACCCUGCAUGACCAUCUUCGGGAAGGUGCCCAGCACCUGCUGAGUGGGCUCCGCCUAGGCCCCCGGGGCAUCCGCCCUCACACCUUUGUGGGUGUACACGUGCGUCGUGGAGACUAUCUGCAGGUGAUGCCCGAUCGCUGGAAGGGUGUGGUGGGGGACCGAGCUUACCUCCAGCAAGCCAUGGACUGGUUCCGUGCCCGACACAAAGACCCCAUCUUUGUGGUCACCAGCAAUGGCAUGAAAUGGUGUCUGGAGAAUAUUGACACAUCCCGUGGUGACGUGGUCUUCGCGGGCAAUGGGCAGGAGAGCAUGCCGGGGAAAGACUUCGCGCUGCUCACACAGUGCAACCACACGAUCAUGACCAUCGGGACCUUUGGCUUCUGGGCGGCCUACUUAGCUGGUGGAGACACUGUCUACCUGGCGAACUUCACCCUGCCAGACUCGGAGUUUCUGAAGAUCUUCAGGCCGAAGGCUGCCUUCCUGCCUGAGUGGGUGGGCAUUGAUGCAGACCUGUCUGCCCUGCAGGCUCAGAUUGAUCCUUGGAAGUCAGACGGCCUUUUAAGAUUGGUCUGAACCACCUAGCAUCAGCCAUCAUGUCUCUAGAGGCCUGUGUCUUCGGAAUUUGUCUGUGGUAGUCCACGAGCUGGUGGGACUCUCUGGAAAUGUGGGAAUGUUCUAGAAAUAUUCCGACAGAACCUCACUGCCUGAUGGCUGGGGAGUCCGAGUUGGCCCUGUGAGCUACAGUCCUCUUCUCGCCCACCCAGCUUACCUUCUUAGAACUUCUGGAUUAUGGGAGUAAGGAACACCUGACACACAGCUGGCUUUCGGGGCUCCUGGAGCCAUUCUCGGGGGGCAUGGUGGCUGCUUCCAAGGGCCCUGCCAGCACUCUAGAUAGUGAAGAAUUGAGUGAAGGUGAGAACUCCGUAUCUUGCCGCUGCUGCUGCUACAGACAUGGAGUGAUGCGGGAGGCCCUGCCAGGAGCUAGCGUCGGCUUAGAAAGAUGAGAACGACUCCAGCAGAUCUGAGUUCUGUCCAACUCCUGGGCCACAGAAAAACCUUCCAGACUUUUAUUUAGGGUGGAGAGAGGAAAUGGGCUAAAAUGUGGGAGCGAGGGGAGAAGGGGCCACUGCUGCGGGGCCGUGCUCCUGAGGGGCUGGGCUUGCAGAAGCAGAGUCUCCUAAAAACCCAGGGACUUUUUAAAGAAGAGUUGAAAACUUUUAAAGAAAUAGAUUAGCUCUGAAUUUAGGAUCAAGAAGGUUCCUUCUCUGAUGCUACUGGGGACCAGGAGUCUGUUUUCUGGAUGUGACCAGGCCCUCAGAAAACAAGGGUUGCCCUUGGGCUCACAGAGCCACUAAAUCUGCCUUUGAGAAGGUCCAGGAAGGAGGGUCUGAGGUGUUCCAGACCCCUGCACCAGCUUAAGGCCCUGCAGGAGCAAGGGCUCGGAGCUUGGAUGUUUCCCUGAGACGUCAGGUGUCCUUAAUACUUUUUUCAGAGAAGUUUCCUCAGAUAACAUUUAAAUCCAAGCAUAUUCUCAGGGAUUUUUCUGGGUACCUUUUCCCAACUCAGCCUGGACAGGCUGGAAAGAGGGAGCUGGGAAUUAAAGGGCCAAAUCAGCAAUCAUGUAUCUGAAGUUUUUGUAACUGACUGCACGGCAUGGAUGAGUGUGCAACCCAAUGUGUGUGUGUGUUUCUGUGUGCCAGGGACAUUCAUGACUGGACAUUCAUGACUCAUGGAUACUGUACCUACUCAAUUCUGACAACCCUUGCUGCUAGAUUU